AGAGGCAGGUCAAGCAAGCGCGAGCUGGGAUGUUGGGCCCCCGCGAGGUGGUGACGCUUCAGUUAGGCCACUACGCGGGGAGCGUGGGCGCCCAUUGGUGGGGGCUUCAGGAAGCAUCAUUCUGCUCCGAUCCUGUGGACCAGCAUUCUGUUGAAGGGAUACGUCAUGAUGUGCUCUUCCGGACAGGGAGAACCUUCCAGGGGCAAGAGACAUACACACCCCGCCUCAUCGUCAUGGACCUCAAAGGGAGCCUGAGCUCUUUGAGACGGGAGGGAUGCUUGUACCAGGAUCCAAAAACAAACACACCUGUGGCAUGGAAGGGGAAUCUGAUGACCCAUCAAGAAGACCCAUCCCCCAAGAACCCUUUCAUGAACAGCCUCAACAGAUCUGAGGUAAUAUCCCCAGGGAUCCACAUUGAUUUGAUUCCACUCCUUGCGAGACAAGCUGAGGCUUCGAAGGCACCUAAUGUGGAGUACAGAAUGAACGUUUGGUCAGACUUCCUCCGGACACACCUGCAUCCUCGUAGCAUCUUGACAAUCCACCAAUACAAUCAUGACGGGGAAUCUGGCCGCCUGGAAGCCUUUGGGCAAGGGGAAAAGCUCCUGCAAGAUCCCACAUACCUCGAGGAGCUCGAAGACAGGCUCCACUUCUACGUGGAAGAGUGUGACUAUUUGCAGGGCUUCCAGGUCCUCUGCGACUUGCACAACGGGUUUUCGGGGGUUGGGUCAAAGGUCACGGAGCUGCUGCGAGACGAAUACACAGGGAAGGGAAUCCUGAGUUGGGGGCUGACACCAGUGCUUAGAACCCCUAAUCCACAGCUGGGCUUCUACAGGCUCAUGAACACCGUCCUGGGGUUGGUCCAUCUUUCCAGCCACAGCUCGCUCUUCUGCCCCUUGUCACUGAACGGGAGCCUGGGGCUCAGGCUGGAGCCGCCCGUUGCACUCCCGUAUGUGCAGUACAAUGCAUCUCUGGACUAUCACACGAGCGCUAUCCUAGCAACGGCCCUGGACACAUGGACGGUUCCUUACCGACUCCAGGCCUCGAAUUUCUCUAUGGCCCACCUCGCGGAAGCCCUGAACUUCUCGGGAAGGAAGGUGGCAACUGCAGUCGCUGCAGUGCCCUUUCCCGCAGCCCCGUCACAGUCCCUUCCUGACGCGUUGUGUGCCCACCAGUCAGCCAUGCCCUGGACCCCGUUGUCUUCCUGCGGCAAGCCAGGAGACGGCCGCUGUUUCACUCAGUCCGUUGUGCUGCGGGGAAUUGCCAAAGAUCGUCUGGUCAGCAAACCCCCUCCAGGUUGUGAGCCCAAAUCUGUCCUCCACAUGUGCGAGACAGGAGAGGAGGUGCUGGCCCGCUACUUGUACACCACGUACCCCACUACCCUCAGCAGCACCCUGCACCUACUGCCAGGGCCUUGCCCGCUGCAGGCCCCCUACCCCCAGUUCUUCUCCCCUCUGCUGGACAAGCAUGGAUUCCUUUUGGACACCCCCGCCAGGGCAUCAACAGCUGUUGAAAGCAUUCCCGUGGUCACCGCCCUGCAGUCCUCGGCUCUCCUGCACAGAACCCUCGGCGUGUUCCACCAAGAGUUGCGCCGGUUGGACGUCCGACGCUGGGCGAGCUUUUUCACUGCGGGGGUUGAGCUCGACGACUUCCAGGAGGCCUUGGAGGAGUUGAGGACGCUGUCCCACUGCUACCGAGAGAGCGGAGCGGGGGAAGAGUCGGAGGACGAAGCGGACUGA